AUGGCCCAAGAAAUUCGUCUGAUAAUUGUUCUACCUGGCAUGGCACCUACCGGCUUCCUAAAUGCCAAGUAUUCGUUAGCACUUGUUGUUUUCAUUUACAUUUCUGUCGGAAAUGUUUUGUUUACCUUUUUACUAUUUCUUAACAGGAUUUUUCUUUGCCUUUGCUUGCUUUUAGCAAGUUCAUCUGGUUACAAAUAUUUCCAAUCAAAAAUCCCAAAUGGAGACUCCGUACCACACCCUUGUAAGCCGAAUUAUCUCUGGCAUGGAGUGGGUCACAGGAACGAGUUAGGGGGCGGAUCUAGAAAUCCUUUUGGCGAGGACUUUGAUGCAGCGGGGAAGAUUUGGACGCAGGAGUUGUGUCGGAAGGACUCGGACGGGGACGGUAAAACUAACGGUGAAGAACUUGGCGACCCGAACUGUGUUUGGCGGGAAAACGCCAUUCCGGAGAAAAAUGCAUUUUCUCAUCCCGGUGUAUGCGAGCCGUAUGACAGCCCUCGUUGCCGAUCUAAGAACACUUGGGUACAAUGUGAUUUAGAAACUUUCCGAUGUGAUGCCAUCAACCAGCCAGAAGUAAAGAACAUCACCAUAAGAUAUCCUCCAACUCAAGUUCCAAAUACAGAAACCAACUACUAUUGCAUGACCUUUGAACUUCCUAAAGAUGGCGACUAUCACAUGAUUGCAACAAAACCAUAUAUAGACAACGAAUACGUCAUGCAUCAUAUACUUUUAUUUGGAUGUGAAGAUUCAGUUACCCAAGGGACAGCUGCCCCUGCUAAAUGCGGAAUGGGCUCUGACAAAUGCCGGACAAUUAUCGGGGCUUGGGCCGUGGGAGCCAACGGAGAAUGUGCCCACAAAGAUGUCGGAUUCCGAAUCGGACAAAACGGAUUUAAAUUUGCUAUGAUGCAGUUUCACUGGAAUAAUCCCGAACUACGAUCAGACUACAUGGACAGUUCCGGUAUGACAUUGUACUACACACCUAACAGACGACCCAACGACGCCGCCAUUAUGAUGGUAGGGCAACAGUAUCUGGAAAUUCCACCCGGGAAGGAGCGCGUGGAGGUGGAAGGUGUGUGUUCAGCAGACGACACCCGGAUGUCUCUAACUGGCCCUGUUUACAUUACUAGGGCCCUUAAUCACAUGCACUAUUUAGGACGGGAAGAAUACAUUGACCAGUACAGAUAUGGCGUCAAGAUAAACACUCUGACGAACGAACCCGACUACAGUUAUGAUCGACCCCGAUUUUUAGAGUAUGACUCUGCGAUAGAAGUAUUGCCAGGGGAUGAACUCAGAACAAAAUGCGUCUUUAAAUCAUCAUCGAAGUCCUUCACAACAUUCCAAGGGGACGCCACUUCCGAUGAGAUGUGCUACGGUUUUCUUACCGUACACCCCAUAACAAGCAUAAAAAGAACAUCCUGCACAAGUUUCAAAAGUGUAUCUUUGCUUAAACUGUAUUCCCAGCAGACCAUUAAUGGCUGCGAUUUAUCCGUUUUCUCAAACUACACACAUCCGGUUAUGGCGGAAUUGUACGCAAAGGUAAGUCAGAGAUGCAGACCAUUAUCGAAAUGUCUAGAAGAAUGCAAGGAAGCGGUUAAAGAGUUCAAAAGUCAUCCGUGCAUGCAAGGCGACAUGGGAGAUGUAAUGCGAUGGUAUGUCUCACAGUCUCUGGAUAUUAAUUCGCUCACUUUUUACUCGAAAUUGGACUCCUGUGACCUUGAGAUGGUUAAAGAGGAUCCUAAGUUUAAUGACCUUAAGAAGCUGAGAGAAGAUAUGUUAGAUGGCCUUGGGAAGCUCCGAGAAGACUUGUUAAAUCAGAUGAGAACAAAUACAAGUGGUGGAUCUAAAGUCUUUCCUCAUUUCUUGAUGGCUGUGUCAUUACUGAUUUACAUUUUCAUUUAGAUCGUCGAAAGGGGAACAGAUCAUGGAUUUGAAAAAUACAAGUUUCCUAGGUUUUUGAUAGUAUGUCUGUUUUUUCAAGAUUUUUCCCCCAUAUGAUCAUUUUCAUCAAGGUCCCAAUGUCUUUGCUCUUUCAAAAUUACUUUGUAAACAUGUCUUGCAUUAUUUUUGCAAACAAAACCAAAUAAUUGUAUUACUUGUACUAUCAUUUAGACAUCCAGUUAUGCAGAUA